GGCCAAAAUCCAAAUCCCUUUCCCGCGGGGGGAAUUUUGGGCAGGAAUUCGCUUUUCCGAACUUCCGAACGUGUUCCGUGUUCCGUCGUCGUCGAUCGCGCGCGAGCAUCGCUGUCGUUUGUCCGGUUGACAACUUCACGGACAAAGGCGACCUGGAGUGAUUUGAGGGGUUUUUUUUGGUGCGCCGGGGGGGUUCAUUGUGUGCGUCUAGUGUCCUUUGGCUCGUGGUUUCUGCUGCAAUGUGUCCUGAAACGAUCCGCGAUCCCCGGUUGGAGGUGCGCGAAGACGAAUUAAAUGCGACGCGCUCGGCGUACGUUUUGCUGCUGCCGCCGCCGCCAGCUCUGAGUUUGCGUUGCUAGGCAUCUAGGCGCGGUGUCAAGGGCGCAGGGCAGGGCAUGACAGGGCAGGACGGUGUGCAAGUGACUUACUGGGGGGCAGAGUGCAGCGAGUGCAGCAUCCGUUACUAUGGCAUUAUCUAGCAAACCAAGAAAGUUUCUGGCGCUUUCUGAAGCUCUAUUCUGUGUGUAUGUGUUCUGUGUGUAUGUGUAUCGUAUGUGAGCGUGUCCGUCUGUGCGUGUGUGUGUGUGUGCGCGCGCUUGUUGGUGAAUUACAUCCGGUGCAUCGCAAUGUUCGGAUUCACAACAAGAUUUUUUUUUAAAUUAAUUCCAAGCAAACGUCUUCUGAAGGAAAUGUUCGGUUUUCGGAGCAAAGAAACCGUUCCACUGCCGGAAUUGUACUCAAAAUUGCGUCCGAAGGUUGUUUGAAGGUUUUUGACGCUUUGUAGAGAACAUUACUCAACCGCUGGCGGACCGCUUGAUGUGUGUCAGUGUGUGUUCCUGGUGGUGAUUGAUUCGUCGUUCGUUGAGCAAAACAAAUCACCAACAAAAUGUGGCGUGCACGACGAGUGUUCGAUAAAAAGCGGAGCGAGCGACAGAACUUGUUCUCACCGAAAUAAAAUCUCUUAGUAUGCUCUGCACCGUAACCAACGGGCCCCUCCUUGCGAUGAUUAACCGGAGCCGUUGCCUGAAGCGCGGUUCUGAUUCAGCGCCCGGCAAAAAUCAAUUCGAACAGAAACCUAACCGGCCCCAGUGAUAAGCGCCCAGGCACUCGGUAUCGGUUCCUCGAGGACUCCGGUGCGACACAAAACCCACAAAACAAUCGGAAGCCACUUUCCAGCAUGCGUGCGUGCGUGCGCACGCCCGCGCGCUUACUUAGACACUAAAACGCUUCUCGUUUGUGUUUUUUUUUUCGGGGGGCUGGAAUUGACAGGAAAUUCGGCGAAAACCUCAAAGUCUCGUAUCGCAUAAAACAAUUCGCGGUAUCCAGUGGACAGACGAGCAAAAAGUAGACCCCCCCCCCUCCCUAAAGGGAGUUGAAAAACCGAAACCACAAUCCGCGACAGUUCGGUGUUGUUGUUGUUGUUGUUGUGAGAAGCUCAAGUAACCGAUGAACGCGAAUUCAAAAACUUGUUUGUUAAGGCAUUUUUGUUUUUGCUCGUCGCUUCUCUAACGGUACCCAGUGCAGUGUGAUCCCCCGGGGGGAGGGAGCAUCCGGAGGGGCCGAUGAGGGACAUGUUUGGUUUUCGAUGUAAAAUCGGUUUCGGUGCCAUUGACGUGUGUGUGCUCCCCGGCUGCUAAGUGCCAGGUUUAAAGUUUGUUCAUUUUUUUUUGUCAGUUGCGCUCAAGUUCGGGUUUGCUGUUUUGUGUCUUUUUUCUGUUUGUUUUUUAUUUCUCGAUUGGGCAAAUUGGGAGGACCGACCAACAGACCAACCGACCGUUAUGAUCGCACGUGCGUCGCGCGGUCGGUUUGGUCGAGGAGUUUCGAGGUUCUCAAAAUGCUGCUCAAGAAAAAUGCUCAAUUAUGGAUUCCCAAUGUCAGCACCAAUAAGUCGUCAAUUCUGCUUUGAUCUGAAAAUCCAGCGAGAUUUUGCUAAUUACUUGCUUCUUCUUCCCCUUCUUCUUCUUCUUCUGGUCCGCUGUCUGGUCCAAUUUUCCUUGUCCGUAAUCCGUCGGUGUUUUUGUCGGUGCGUGAAUUUGUGAUGUGUCGUGGCUCGUGAUUGUGCAUCGUAUUUCCAGUGCGAGUGAUAGCCAUUUUUCGGUUCAUUUUUGGUGCAGUUUGUUCAUCAUUGUUUUUUCUUCAAACUCCUCCACCGUGCGUGUUUAAUGCAAUCACCAUCUUUCGGUUAACGGCGCAAACCGGUGCAACAACAAACGAGUAACAACAACAACAAAGGCGGCGACGUCAAACGGCAAACGGCGACGGUGGCAUCACAGCACUUUUUUGCUAGCAACCAACCUGGUGCCACUAGAUCAGCAAUAGUAGGCACUAAUCAGAAGCAGCAGCAGCAGCAACAGUAGUAGUAAUAGUAAUAAAAAAAAGUAAUAACCAAGCAAACACAGCGCUGGCCACAAGCCACAGCCUUCCAACCAACUGCUACUCCAACACAAUUGCACAACACGAGUGCAAAAACCGCGCGCGUAACGGAAGUGAUCGUAACUUAGUCACACACACGCACGCGUCAACGAUCAUCAAAAGUAUCCUCAUUUUUUGGAGGAGGAAGGUGUGUGUGUGUGUGUAAUAGUAACGUGCGUUCGUGCAACGUUCUGUUUUGAUUGUUUGUUCCCCACCUUAACCCUAACGAUAAACGCAAACGCAAUCCGGAGUUCGGUCGAAUCCGCUCGGUGGAGUGUUGUGUCCUUUGGAGUGCCCCGUUCCGUCUAGUGUAGUGUAGUGUUGUCCGCGUGCUGUGUGCGUUCUGUGCGUGUGUGUGUGGCGGUGGUGGUGCCCUUCCGGCCCCCAACUGCAAUCCGGCCAAUCCGCGGACCUUAUGCUUCUGUCCGGCUUCGGUUUUCGGGUCCCCAGCUGGCGGUGCCCAAACCAAUCUUAGAUGGGGGCUGACCGUGGACGCGACCGAGGACACCGACACCACCACGAAACCGUCCAGCGGCCGGAGGUUCAGGAGGUUUGGUGCUGAGUGCGUGAAAAGCGUGAAAAGCAGUAGUAGUUGUUGCGUUUUGUUACCGACGAUCCCUCCCUCCCACCCAACCACCCCUUUACACACUUCCACCCCCAACACCACCACCACCAAAAAACCGCGCUACAUAUGUACAUAUGCGAGAGGAAACCACGAAACGGAAGACCGAAGACCGACAGCCGGAGAGGACGAAGCCCGACGAACCGAAGGAGCCGGAGAGAAACGGGAAGAGGAGGAGAAGGAAGAAGAAGAAGAGGAGAGUGGUUUAAAUGAAAAGUGGUAAGUGACGCGACGCGACGCAGGGAGGAUCUAUCAAACCCUCACCCCCGGGGGUUAGGGAACAAAAAACGGAAAAAACGGAUUGUAUUGAUCUCCUCCCAGAGUUUCCUUUGAAGCAAAAAAAAAAAAACAAACCCCAAACCAGUGACCCCAGAGGUCACCGAGACCUGCUCCUCUCUCCAAAGAUCACCCACCUCACCAUCAACCGUUGCGGCCCCUUGUUGAUUCCUUGUUGAACCUCGUGGUGUUUUGAUUGUUUUGAGCGAAAGCGUGGCGCCGGUGGUUGCCGUUUUACGGGAAAUCGACAGAUAGAGAGAGUGAGACAGAGAGAGAGAGAGAGAGAGAGAGAGCGAGAUAGAAAGAGAGAGAGAGAGAGACAAGAAACCACCAUUUGGCUGUCACCGAUGCCGUAAUGUUCUCCGAGGCAUCAUCAUCAUCAUCCUCCUUCCUGCCGGCGAAAGAUAUGAGACUGGAACGUGUCGCUGAAGAAUUGAUGGGACGAAGGAAAUGGAAACACUAUCAGGACGUGCUAACGCGACAACAGUUGAACCUGCUGGACACCAGCACGACGACGACGACAACAACCACCACCAACACGACCGAAACCGAUCUGCUGAGCGGGGACACCACGACAACGGCGACGGUAACGAGCUCCAUCGUCGCCAACACCAUCACCACUACCAGCAACAACAGCAACAACAGCAGCAGCGCUGUCCAACAGCUUCAGCUUCAGCUGCAGGCGGGUGGGCAGCUGAUGAGCACCGUGGCCACCGGUCCAACGACCGCGGCCGCAGCCCUUUCGCUCACCGCUGGCGACGUUGGUGGUGCCACCGUCGCCGCCGCCGCCGCCGCCGGAGAACCGCUCGCCCAAAUGAUCGACCAAAAGUCCCUCGUGGCGGCCACGAGCGUCGCCAUUCCGGUGCUAACGGCACCGGCCGCCAGCGCCACACAACCCGUCAACACAAACAUGGCGACGACGACGACGGCCAUUGCCGUACGCAAUGGUCACUGUGCGAAGGGCGAGCUCGACUUAGGGGCCUCGACUGGUGACCCCAAGCUGGCCUCUUCCGCCAGUCCCUGCAGUUCACCUUUCAACACGAACACUAACACUAACUCCUCCUCGUCGGGGCACCACGGGGGUGGCGCUAGCUCACCACGGCACGCCAAGGAUGACGCCGGUCGUUCGGUCUCUCGAUCACCAUCAACGACGACGGCGACGGCGACGACGAUGAACUGUCACGGUCACAAUGAUAAUGGUUCGGUGGCCGUCGUGAUGGCGUCAUCGACACCAACACGAUCCUCGAUGCCAGCGUCUCCUUCGAUCGCACCGGAACACCAGGUUGAUGAGUGCGCCGGGGACGUCGACGUCCCCGGUGUCGACGGUUCCCGGCAAACGGCAACAACACCGUCGCCGUACCGUCGCCGCCGUCUAUCGACACCGUCCGGGAGUCCGGGCAAUCGAGAAGCGGCGACGUCUGGUGACGAUUGCGGCCGGACUUCGACGCUCGUCAAACAGGAACCGAUGGAAGGUCACAAAGAAAGCGUUGCGAUCAUCGAGACAGCUGCUGCCGGGAGCGUGCAGCAGACGGAAACAGAUGCCACGAUGGCCGCUCACCGGUCGCUCACCGGCCGCACUGGGAAAACCCCUCCAGUGCCGGACACCGGCACGGCACACAACAACAACACCAUCAACAGCAACAACAACACGAUCGCGCAUCGCAGCAACGGUUCGAUAACGGAUAACGAGGACGAAGAAGAGGAGGACCGUGGCCCCGAUAACAAAGGUGAUGCGACGCAGGACGAACCGUCCGGAAGCGCCGCGACGUCACCACCACCACCACCGCCGCCACCGAUCGACUGGAAACCGCAGGAAAAGUGUUACUUUUGUGUCGACGGAAAACUGUUGACGGUCAACGAGGCCGGCGAACUGGUGCCGGAAACGGGCCCGGUGCCGGGCACCGAAACCGAUCAUCGGAUUAUCGGACUGAAUCGACGGGCUACGGUGACAAAUGCUAAUGCUGCAGCUGCUGCUGCUGCUGCGGCGGCGGCGGCGGCCGCGGCACUCGCCGGCGAAUCGGACAGCGAUACGAGUGAAAGCAGCGAACCGGAACUGUUGGCCAACCUGCUGAGUGGUGCCCGGCUAGGGAUGGCCCCGAGUGCCGGUGCCGGUGCCGGCGGAUUGCCACCGAAUGCCAAAACGAUAGCCGCCCUGCUGCGGGAUGCGGGCGCCACCCAGAAUCUGUCCUCGUUGCAGAACUUUGCGGCGCAGUUUAAUGUGGCGGCGGCGGCGGCGGCGUCGGCCGCCAACACUCUGCCAAAUCUUGCCCAGCUCUACAAUCCACUCUGGUAUUCGCAGCUGCAGCAACAACUUUCGCCCUCAGCAAUGGACACGACGCCCGGUGGAGUGUCGGCGACGGCGUCCAUCAGUCCUUCCGGGGCGGCCGCCAAGAUGGUGGGCGCCACCGGGGAGCAACCGCUCGAUCUCAGCGCCAAACCGGGCACCUCCGGCAUGAGCACGCUUCUGAGCAGCAUGAUGGAUCCGAAGCUCCUCUACAACAGAUCAAAACCAGCACGUCUAUCACCGGUCAGCGGUGCCGUCGGUGGCCGCAAAGCGUACACCGAGGAUGGGCUGCAGAGCGCACUGCAGGACAUCAUCAGUGGCCGGCUCGGGACACGCCGGGCCGCCGUCCAGUACGGCAUUCCGCGGUCGACGCUCCGCAACAAAGUCUACAAACUGGCCAUCGGUUACAAGCGAGGCAUCGUUGGUGGUGGUGGUGGUGCAGGUGGUGGUGCCGGUGGUCUUGGUAUCGGUGGCCUCUGCGCCGAGGCUCUGCUGGAUGAUGACGACGAUAAGGACUCACAGGACGAGGAGAUGAAGGAGGCGGAACUGCUGGACAAACUGCCGCAUCACGUGCUGGCCGAGAUGGUGCUGAAGAUGUACGAUACGGCGCGCCACGAAGCGACGACGCCAACCGGCAGUGUCCAGCGUGGCACCCCGGAACCGGCCAUCCUGGAGGCGCUCGCCCUCAAGCAACACAUCCAGUCACAUCCGGCGACCAGCAGCACCGUCGGUAAUCGACCGCCAGCAGCCGGUGCUGCGACAACCACCACGACACCGCCGGCCACGACACAAUCAUCAUCCCCGUUGCUGGCGACGACGCCGGCGACGGCCGCCGCCGCCGAUUCCACGCUACUCGAUCCGGGCCUGCUGAUGCAGGUGCAGCGUAUGCUGGCGGUCACGGCCAGUGCCCGGGCCCAGGCAUCGAACGAGGCACAGCAGGCGGUGCUGGCCGAACUGCCCGAUUUGUUGCGCAAACUGCUCGAAAAGCAACAGGAGCUGGCCGAUCAGAUCAAGAUGGUUAGUGCCCAUGCGACCCCGGUACCGGCCACGGCCGGUGUAGCCCCGGUCUCGCCGGCCACCCCUCUCCUUCCGGCCACCAUCAACGUCAACAGCAGCAACGUCAACUGUUCGUCACCAUCGCUGAGUGCGGCCCUCGGCACUGCCAACGGAGCGACAACACCGGCGACAACACAGCAACAGCAUCAUCAUCAUCAACACCAGCAGACGCCAACUGGACUGCCGCCGCCCGGUCUCGAUCCGGCCUGCUACUUGCCGUUUCUGCAGCAGCUCCAGCAGGAGCGAAAGCUGCGGACGAUCUCCGCCUCCGGUACACCGGACACACCGGUGUCGCUGUCCUCGAUCGAGCUCGAUCGUGAUCCCGGUGCCGAAGAUCCACAAUCCGUCAUCCUCAAAAUUCCGUCCUAUGGUCGAGCGCCGGCUCCGGUACUACCACCAGCGGCCGUGCUUUCGCCCGGUCCCGGACCGAAGAAUGGUGAGCUGGAGCAGCAUCAUCAGCAGCAGCAACGUCAUCUGCAUCAUCAUCACCAUCAAGGUGCACUGCUGACGUCACCAUCACCACCGACGGCGGCCGCUGCGGCCGUACUGAGCAAUCUCGUCGGUGUCGGUGUUGGUCCCCGGAACCAUCAUCAGCACCACCUCCAGCAACAGCAGCAGCAGCAGCAACACCUUCAUCUGCAGCAACAUCCUUCCACUAGUCCUCAGCAGCAGCAACAGCAACAACUAGCGCCCCCUGUUGGCAACAACGUUGCAGCGAACCUGUCGACGGUACCGCUCGGCGUGACGCAACAACCUUCCCUUGCCUCUUCCCUUUCCUCUUCCUCACCCCUUUCCACACUCUCGGUUGCGUCUUCGGUGGAUCCGCGAACGGCCGGUGCCGGUCUACCACAAACGACGACGAACCAUCAUCAUCAGCAUCAGCAUCAUCAGCUCGGUGCCGUUAUUUCGCCACCGUUGAUGAACCUGCGGGGCGCCCUCAAACCCGUCGAUGCCGCCAUUUCCCCGCCAGCACCCGCCACCACUCCGGGCGGUACGCGAUCGGCCGCUUCACCGGCACUGGCAGCCGCAGGCAACAAGCAGGCGAUGCUCUCCGUGCACGAGGUGAUCGUACGGAGCAUUAGCGAGAACUUUCAGAAGCACCAACAGCAGCAGCAGCAGCAACAGCAGCAGCAACAGCAACAUCAACAACAGCAACAACAGCAACAACAGCAGGUGACAGAUAGUUUGUUGAAGCAACAAAUGGAACAAAUGCAGAAGCGUCCCAGCAUCUCGGUCAUCAAGACGCUCGGUGACAUUUCACACUUCGGCAGUGGGAAUGCGGCGGUGGCGGCGGCGGCAGCGGCAGCAGCGGCGGCCGCCGCCGCAGCCGCCGGUCUCGGUACCGGGCUCGGUGGUGCCCAGCUGGCAGCGGCAGCGGCCGCUGCAGCAGCUGCAAAUAACAACAACAACAACGGUAACGGUAACAACAACAAUAACAACAACAACAACACGGGCACCGGUGGUAAGGGUACGCGACCGAAACGCGGCAAAUACCGUAACUACGAUCGCGACAGUCUCGUCGAAGCGGUCAAAGCGGUCCAGCGUGGGGAAAUGUCCGUGCACCGGGCCGGUAGCUACUACGGGGUGCCCCAUUCGACGCUCGAGUACAAGGUGAAGGAACGGCACCUGAUGCGGCCCCGGAAACGGGAACCCAAGCCCCAGCCCGGUCUGGACGAUCAUCACCAUCAUCAUUCGCAUCAUCACCACCAUGCGCAUCAUCAGCGGUUGGGUGGAGGAGGUUCCUCGAAGGCGGAUGCAUCCGGAACCGGUUUACGAUCCGGUGGUCUCGAUGGCGUCAAGGGAGCCGCAGGUAAAGCGAGCGCACUAGCAACCGGUGGUGGAACGGGUACCGGAAGUAAAGCGUCCGGUGGCACGAACAAAAACCACACCGGGCAACACCGGCACGACGGGACAACGGGCGCUGGUGGCGGUCAGCAGCCGGCCGGCUCACAGCCAGCGCCCCCCUUUGGACUCGGUUCACCGAACGGUGGCCUUAAGACGAUGCCCGGUUCGAUGUUCGAUGCGGCGGCGGCGGCGAUCGGUGCCGGCCACGGACUGCCGUACGGUGCUUCGUCCUUUUUCUGGCCCCAGGCGGCAGCAGCGGCGGCCGCCGGUUUCUCGGCCCUUCCGGGGGUUGAUUUUAGCGGGCGUGGUGCAGGUGGUCAACAGAGUGGUGGUGCCGGUUCCGAUGCCGGGGCCACCGCCGCCGCGGCCAGUCUGUUUGGCUCGACAAAUGCGCUGAUGCAACGGUUCCAGCAGGAAGCGGCCAGUGCGGCCCUAUCGCCGGACGGUGGCCAUCGUCAUUCGCAUCAUCAUCAGCAUCACGGUGCCGGUGCCGGUGCCGGCGGUAAAUCCGUACCGACGGGACUACCGAAGGGUAGCAGUGUGCGCGAGAUGGCCGAGCAGCUGUACGAUGGUAGCGGUACGAACGGUGGCUCCUUUCUGGACGACAUUAUCCGGCACAGUUUGGACAAGAAACCGGGCGAUGGACUUUCGCCGUCUCACGGUGGCCACCACCAUCACCACCACCACCAUGGUGCCCUGUUCGAUCAGCUGCUGCUGAAGAGUAACCUUGGCCGAUCGACGGUCUCGCCAAGGAGUGAUGCGAUGAGUGGUGGCGUCCUCGAUGGCACCGGCGAUGGUAGCAGCAUGGCGUUACUCGGCAAAGGAGGUGGACUGAAGCGUGCGGCCACCAGCUCACCGCUCGGUUUCCAUCCGGAUGCGACGGUGCUGGUGAAGCGGGAACGGGCCAGCCCGGGUGCGUCGUCCACGUCGUCGACCGGUAGCAGCAAACCGAGCUCCCAGCUAUCGCUCGGGAAUAUGGAGCAUCUGAUGAAGCUGCGCGAGAACCUUUCGUCGAUGUCCGUGGCGCAACUACAGCGGACCGCGAUGGAAGAGCUCAACGGUGGCCAUCAUCAUCAACACUCGGAUGGUGGGGAUUCGGAUGAUGCGGUCGGUGGAUCGUCACGAUCACUAGCGGCGGCCGGGUUGCAGCAGCAGCAGCAGCAGCAUCUCCAUGGAUCAUCGCAUCAUCAUCAUCAUCAGGCGGCGGCGCUUAGUCUGCGCCAUAGCCUCAGCCAACAACAUCACCUCCAGCAGCAGCAGCAUCACCAACAGCAACAGCAACAGCAACAGCAACAGCAGCUCCGUCCACCGGGGAUCACCGGCGGCGAUGACAGCUCGUAGGAGCGGCUGUGGCGGCGAUGCAUCUGCUAAUCUGGUCUGGUGCCCAAUGGUGCAGGUGAGGCCACCACCAACACCACUACCCGCCAUCCAGAAUCCCUACUAAGACACUACUUUCCUCACUCUCGAGACCGUGACCGAGAAUGGAGUAAUCGUAUAUAUAUAUAUAUAUAUAUAUAUAUAAAGUUCAAAACAGUACUCGACUGGUUGGUAGUCAAAGGGACUAGGGGAAAGAAGAAAGUACACACGGAAGGACAAAGAGAAAGAAAGAAGGAAGGAAGAGAAGAAGAGAACAUGGAAGAAGGAAGAAGAAAGUAGCGAAAUAGUAGUUGGGAAGCAAACAAAACAAAACAAAACAAAACAAAACAAAACAAAGCCGCUAACAGAGAGGACGAAGUGUUAACAAUUUUAUCCAUUUAUAAGACAACAGAGUCGAAACGAUGCAAGCGAGAGAGAGAGAGAGGGGUAACCGACCGAGAUCGAGAGGAAGGCAAAAGAUCUCUCUUUCUCUUUCUCUCCUCGGCUCCGGGAUACGCCGACCAUCUGGUCGGUAUCUGAAAACCGUUUUCUUAUGGGUCUCCCCAAAAGGGGGCGACAACAGUCUACACAGGACACAGUUUCGCGGGUGGGCAUUGAAGGCAUCGUUAGAAGAGGAAGAGAGAUGGAGCAAAGCAAAGCAAGGCAUUCUUUUCUAUUCAAAGAAAGCGUGGAAAUCUGAAGAAGAAGCAAACUAUCUUUCCAUCUCCAGCAAUCAUCCUGCAGCAUUAGGCAGCGCCGCCAUCAUCAUCAUCAUCAACGGCAUGCACGAUCGUGAGGCUUCUACGGCGUCCACAGAGAGAGAGAGAGAUAGAGAGAGAGAGAAAAACAAGUGGUUUACCGACAUGGGAAAUAAGGGAAAAUCGCGAAAUACAAACCUAGACAAACAGACAGAUUCCCGUCGCAAGCCAGCCAGAAACACAAAAUGGGAGCAAACGAAGCAGAAGCAGCUGCUCCUUGAUAGAGUAACGUUUUAGACAAUCGACAAAUAGGCUUCGGUGUGAACAACACUCUCACACCUACAUUUUUCUCACACACACACACGUACACACUCAUCAACAUCACAAAUGUCCAUAAUUCAUCUUGAGCAUGACUACACCACAGGAGAUAGAGAGAUAGAAAGAGAGAGAGAGCUCCAGUAGCAGCAGCAGCAGCAGCAGCAGCAUUCGCAAUAGAAAUCGCACUAGAGGCAAUAGAGGAAAUCCACCACCACAAACACCACACCGAAUAAUCAGCAUCACGACCAAACUCACCACCAAACAAGUGAACGUGAAGUGAACCAAACGGAAGCCAAACAGACUUCCUUGAGCUUUCUCCGGCGCAAAAACCAACCUCGUUGGUGCAAUCAGAGCCUUAGUCGUCGAUCGUCACUACCACCAUUAUAGCGCCAGACCCCAAGAAACCCUCACACACACACACACACACACACACACACACACUUGGUAGCAUUUUUCCUUCCAACUACCCUCUCUCCCCCACCCUGGAACUACUCUCACUCGAUCGAGGAGCGCGAACAAGGGGCUCGUGAAAAUGGCGCAUGGAAGAAGGAAGGAAACGUACCGCGGAACUGAACUCUGUAAUUACAAUUUUUGGAUAACUUUUUUAGGCUUUAAUCUAGGAAAUCUCGACACGUUUGGGGGCGCCACGGCCACGGCCAGAAAGGAGGGAGCUCUUCCCUUUUCUCCGUCGCCCACCACAAACACACGGACAGACCAUUUUGAGGGGCGGCUUUUUGGGUGUUUCGCUUUUCCUCCCCAUUCAGUCCCGGCCCCGGUUCUUUAGGCCAUCUAAGAACACGAAGACACACACAAACAAACACACACACACACACCUAGAUGCAAGCAUUUGGAAGGGCAGAUAUCAGGGCACAGGGCAAAGGGCACGAAUAUUUAAGGUUCGGAGGAUCGAGGUUCGAUCGCGAGAAGGAGAAAGACAAGGAGAAGGAGGUAUGUGCAUUUCCUUUACGUUUAUCUAGCAGGUCUCUUGGCGGGUGAUUUAACAAGGAAACGGAAACAUUCCACUUUAUGAAAACGAUGCGAAAAGAAACCAAAAAAUAAUACCUAAAUGUUGUGGCUAUAAUCCCCCAAAAUUUUCCAAAAGUAUUAUCCGUUUCGCGCGCGGCACAGCGUGAUAAGGGGAGCUGGAAAAUCUAUUUGGUGUUCAAAAUUAUAUCAUUCCAUUAUUGUCAGCGGUCAGUGCAAAAAAAAUAUCAAAACGUGCGCCCUUUAGUCUCACCACCACUACAACGCACUGAUCCGGGGGACGCUAUAGUGGUUUUGCAUACCGCGAGAGUAUUAUAAAAAAAGAAACAGUGUCCCACAACCGCUAGCCGUGUGUGGUGUGCAGGAGCGCGGUGAGUGAGGCGUCCACCCGCCCCCCCCCCCCAAAAAAGUAAUUUAGGAAAAUUAAAACAAAUAAUCAUUCUAUGUUUCGACGUUUUUACAUUUCUAAAUCUAAAACAGAUAUUGUAGCGAGCAGAAAGCGAGAGAGAGAGAAAGGGAUGCAAACAGGUGCAUUGUGGUGUCGUGCAAAAUCUUAUCAAAAUUUAUCACAAAAUCCUACCAAAAAAAAAACCAAAAGCAUAACUAAAGUCUAACUCGAUGUUUUUAAGUGUAAGCAGAAGGGCGAUCG